UUUUCAUCAUCGAUUUAGAAGUCUCUAAUUCUUUGGUGAUCUUUUUGGCUAUAAAAUUAGAAAGGAAAAACUCUCUAAUUCUUCACCUCAUACAUACAUCAAGCGGCCAAAGCCUAAACAGAGAAAGAAAAGUCAGUGGGUCAGAAAAGAUUCUUGGGUUGGGAGGAUCGUCAUAUUUGGAGUGAUCAUGUUUACCAUUUCAAAGGGAUUUGCUGUUAUAUCUGCAACUAAGAACCUCCAACUACCGUUCAUAGAAGAUAUAUUUGCAUCAGGGCGCACAAGAUUUUUGGAAUGGGUGGUUUCGGAAAAUCAGAAGAGAUUGCUAACAAGUGGAGGAAAUUGAACCCUACAGAAAAGGCAACAUAUGGUGCUGCCUUGGAAAGUUCGAGUGGGAAAGUACAAGGUUCGACUGGGCAAGUAGACGACUCAGUGAAUGAGAUGGGUUUUAUCACUUUAACAAAAAUCAGAGGGUGUGGAAACGACGACAAGUGUGCUGAAUGGUAUAACGUAGGAAUGCACGACACGGUGAAAGCAAAGGUGAAAGAAGCUGGAUUUGUGCCCUUUUUGUCAAUAUUGGGCCAUGGUAAGAAAGGGGACAGGCCAUUACUUGUGGCCUUAGAGGAGAGGUGGUGGGACACUACCCACACCUUCCAUUUCGAUGAAGUUGGAGAGAUGACGAUGACACCAAUGGACUUCGCAGCAAUCACUGGAUUGCAUGUUGGUGGGAAGCGUUUAUAGUACGACUUCGAGAUGUACAAAAAUAAGAACAAGAUGAUGAAAUUGUUUGGGAAACCAAUCGCAAACCUACUGGCAGGGGAAAGGAGAGUGCCAUAUGAAAGCCUUUGCACCCCGUAUUGGAACAAGAUUCCGAAAGAUGAUAAAGAAGCAGACCAAAUUGCCAGGGCAGUUAUACUCUGCUUGAUUGGCUCCUCAUUCCUAAAUGAUAAGAGC